GGGAAGUCCCGGUUUGGGACUGAGCGGGGAAAGCGGAGGCUCCUCCUCCCCCCAUCCUCCGCCUCUUUCCUCCCGGGUGCCUUCCGCCGCUGCUGCUCCUCCUCCUCCGGCUGCGGGUCGGCCAUCGCUGGGUCUGAGAAGCCGGGAGCCGUUUGCAGGCACCCACUUGCAAGCUCCCCUGAGCGGCCACUGGCAGUGUGGGGCAUGGCAGCAGUGUGGCAACAGGUGCUGGCUGUAGAUGCACGGUACAACGCAUACCGCACCCCCAACUUCCCGCAAUUCCGCACGCAGUACAUCCGCCGGCGCAGCCAGCUGCUGCGGGACAACGCCAAAGCCGGCUACGACCCCUCGCUUCGUAAGCAGUACCUCCGGCUGCGCAGCCAGCUCCUGGCCCAGCGCUACGGCCCCCUCUCAGAACAGAGCAGCUUCCGUGCAUACAGCAACAGCAUUGUCCGAAGCAGUCGCACCACCCUUGACCGCAUGGAGGACUUUGAUGAAGACCCAAGAGCACUGGGUGCCCGUGGCCACCGCCGCUCUGUCAGCCGAGGGUCCUACCAGCUGCAAGCUCAAAUGAACCGAGUCGUCUACGAUGAGAGACCCCCAGGCAGUGUUGUACCUACUUCGGUGGCAGAAGCCAGUCGUGCCAUGGCCGGGGAUACUACACUGAGUGAGAACUAUGCUUUUGCUGGCAUGUACCACAUCUUUGACCAGCAUGUGGAUGAGGCUGUGCCCAAGGUUCAAUUUGCCAAUGAUGAUAAACACCUACUAGCCUGCUGCUCACUGGAUGGCACAAUUUCAGUGUGCCAGUUGGUACCCACUCCCCCAGUGGUGCUGCGGGUGUUGAAGGGACACAGCCGUGGUGUGUCUGACUUUGCCUGGUCCCUCUCCAAUGACAUCAUUGUUUCCACGUCACUUGAUGCUACAAUGCGCAUUUGGGCUACAGAGGAUGGCAAGUGCAUCCGGGAGAUUCCCGAUCCAGAUGCCUCUGAGCUACUGUGUUGCACUUUCCAGCCAAUGAACAACAAUCUCACGGUGGUGGGGAAUGGAAAGCACAACAUCCAUGUGGUGAACAUCUCAACAGGGAAAAAAGUGAAGGGUGGCUCAAGCAAGCUAACUGGCCGGGUCCUCUCACUGUCCUUUGAUUCUCCUGGCCGUAUUCUCUGGGCAGGAGAUGAUAAAGGCAGUGUAUUUUCGUUCCUCUUUGACAUGGCAACAGGAAAACUGACCAAGGCCAAACGUCUGGUGGUAAAUGAGGGCAGUUCUAUCACCAGUAUCUCAGCCCGCUCCUGGAUCAGUAGAGAAGCACGGGACCCAUCUCUCCUCAUCAAUGCAUGUAUUAACAAACUGCUGCUAUAUAGGGUGGUGGACAACGAAGGAACCCUCCAGCUUAAGAGAAGUUUCCAGAUACAGCAGAGCUCACAUCCUGUCCGCAGCAUCUUUUGCCCUCUCAUGUCCUUCCGCCAAGGAGCUUGUGUUGUGACCGGCAGUGAGGACAUGUGCGUCUACUUCUUUGAUGUGGAGCGUGCCACUAAGGCCAUUGUUAACAAACUGCAGGGUCACAGCGCUGCUGUGCUGGAUGUCAGCUUCAACUGUGACGAGAGCCUUUUGGCAUCCAGUGAUGCCAAAGGUAUGGUUAUUGUCUGGAAAAGAGAACAAAAGUAGCAUUCUUUCCCCUGACAAAUGCAGGGAAGUAUUUGAUUACAUUGCCAUAACUGAGGUGGACUCCAAAAGAGAAGCACAAGGGUCUGUUUCUUUUCCACUUGCUGUGUUUUUUCCUGUCUCCUAUAGCUAGUAAAGAACUGAGUAUACCUCUACACACCAGUACCCAUUAUGUCAGUGGUGGGGCUAGUUACAGCAGACAACGGAAUCAGGUUAAUACGAUGAGAAGUUGUUUUAUUGUGGUUGUAAUGUCCAGAUGGUGUUCUGUUGAUUACAGCAGCCAUCAUGGUUUUCUGACAGUUAAGGGCUUCUCUUAACUGCUGGCUGUCAGAAUAGGAUUUGGAACUCCAGGGAUUCAUUUUCUGAUUAAUCAGCAUAGAAUUUAAUGUCUAAAGUUCUAUUUACUAACAUUCUACACCCUGCUGGUGCAAAGCAGUUCUUAUGUUCUAACGAUGGCUUCUUCCAUCUUGGAAAAAGUGGUGACCAGAAAUAUUUACACAGCAUGAAUCAAAAUGCAAUGCUCAGUAUUAACCUCACAUCCAGACGUUCUCUUUUGCUUCUGUCUAAUGCCACUGAGCUGUGUACUUUGAAGGAUCAGCUUGAGUUACUAGUCUGUCUGCUGAAUCUCUGAACUCUGGAGCAUUAACUUUGUGAACAAACUUCCCAGGAACAGAAUAGAAUUCCACUCGUUUGUAUGUACAUUGGGCUGUUAGCAACUGCAUGUUUCUCCAGCCAACUUCCAGUGGCUGGAUGUCUUCCUAGUUUGGGAUAGCCAAUGAACAGAAGAUUUACCUCCCUAUCAACACUGACCAUUUCAAAUAUUGCUAAUAAUGUGUUUGGAGUUUACAAAGCUUCUUUUUGGAAUAUUCCCAAAAGCUGUAUGCAAAAAACAGGUGCUCUGAGAAGCUAAGGUCUGCAAGCAUGUGGAGUCUUAAAUUGAAAUGAAUACUACUUAAUGCAGUUACAUUUUGUCACUUAUCUUCUACAGCAUGUAUGGCAUUGUAAACGAGUGGGGAGGGGAGUAGUUGUAUAGAAAUACUUUUGUAUUGUGGCUGUGGUUGUCUGUUUCCUUGGCUUUAUUCUCUUUUCUGUGAACUAGGAGAAAAUGUUUCUAAAUCCCUGUUACGAGAAAAGGUGACAGCCAAAUAGAUCUUUUCUUGCUAAGUAUCCAAAAGAUAAUAGUAGAGUUAGAGAUGCUUGAAAGCUCAUUAUCUUAAUGUCACCAUAUAAAGAAGCAUGAGCUGAGCUGAAAUCUGGUCCCAUCUUUGAAUCAAACUGCACAGCCUAAUGGCAGAGAAAGAGAUCUGUGAUUGUGUAAAUGAGGGAAUACAAUUUAUAUUAGCAUAGAUUAAGUAAUGCUUCUAGCAUAAAAUGUAAUUAUUCAGCUCGAGUUUCAGGUAGGGAAUAAAGAACUAAAUUUAGUUGACAAGGGAGUGCCGAAGAACCUAUGGCCCUCUAUAUGUUGUUGGAUUCCAUCUUCCUCCUUCCUAACCAUUGGGUGUGACUGAUGUGAGCUGGAAUUCAAUAUCAGGAUGCCCAAAGAUCCCCCUCCUGCUGUAAAGGGACAUAAUCAAAAAGCAUGGAGACUUCUGAAAGGAGUUCCUAUAAUUUAAGAUAUGUUUUAGCAAAAGCUUCACAUGGAUGCUGUGCUAACAGAUUAAAUAACUCUACUCUUCAUGACUGCUAUCUGAAACUUGCCUUAGUUCCAGUUUUAACAAAUAAACAAUGAUAUCUGA